AUGUGGCUGUGUGAACUGUUUCUGUGGCUUGAUAUUGAUCUGAGGGCAUUGCUUUGGCUUUUUACUUUUGCCGUCCCCGUUGGAGUGUAUUUUCUGAACAAAAAGGAUCCACCUAACUUUCCACCAGGACCACCGGCUCUCCCUCUUUUAGGAAACGUCUUCAGCAUUGAAUCUAAACAGCCUCACAUUUACCUAACCAAGUUAGCUGAUAUCUAUGGGAAUGUUUUCUGCAUACGUCUGGGAAGACACAAAACAGUGUUUGUGUCUGGGUGGAAGAUGGUGAAGGAAGCCAUAGUGACACAGGCUGACAACUUUGUGGACCGGCCUUACAGCCCCAUGGUGACCAGGAUUUAUUCAGGGAACUCAGCGGGACUUUUCUUCAGUAAUGGGAACGUGUGGAGGAGACAGCGGCGCUUUGCCAUGGCCAUGUUACGUACUUUUGGUCUGGCCAAGAGCUCCAUAGAGCAGAGCAUCUGUGAAGAGAGCCAUCAUCUGCAGGAGGCGAUGGAGAAGGAGAAAGGAGAGCCGUUUGACCCUGUGCCCCUCUUAAACAACGCUGUGGCCAACAUCAUCUGCCAGAUAGUGUUUGGGAGACGGUUUGACUACAGUGACCACAACUUCCAGAGCAUGCUGAAGAAUCUGACUGAGAUGGCCUAUCUGGAAGGCUCCAUAUGGGCUCUACUAUAUGAUGCUUUCCCAGCACUGAUGAAACGCCUGCCGGGGCCUCACAAUGGCAUCUUCAGCAACUCCAAAUCUUUGGAGGCAUCGAUCAGGGGAGAGAUAGAGAGGCACAAGUUGGAUCUGGACCCCAGCAACCCAAGAGAUUACAUCGACACCUUCCUGAUAGAGGAGAAACACAACAGAAACAGUCAGCUGGGUUUUGACGACGGCAACCUGGUUUUGUGUUGUCUGGAUUUGUUCCUGGCUGGUAGUGAGACCACUUCGAAGACCCUGCAGUGGGGCCUCAUCUACCUCAUCAAGGACCCUCAUAUCCAGGACGAACUCCAUUCAGAGAUAGACCGAGUGAUUGGACAGACCCGCCAGCCCACUAUGGCAGACAGACCCAACCUGCCUUACACUGACGCUGUCAUCCAUGAGAUCCAGAGGAUGGGAAACAUCGUUCCUCUCAAUGGACUCAGAAUGGCCGCCAAGGAUACAACACUGGGCGGUUACUUUAUACCGAAGGGAACCUCUGUGAUGCCCAACCUCACCUCUGUGCUGUUUGACAAGAACGAAUGGGAAACUCCUGACACCUUUAACCCUCAACACUUCUUGGAUGCUGAAGGAAAGUUUGUGAGGAGGGACGCAUUUUUACCUUUCUCUGCAGGAAAGCGUGCAUGUCUGGGUGAAGGCCUGGCGAGAAUGGAGCUGUUCCUGUUUUUUGUCAGUUUGUCUCAGAAAUUUUAUUUUUCCACUCUGGAUGGAGUUGAGCUGAGUACAGAGGGAAUCACUGGAGCCACACGCACACCCUACCCUUUUAAGAUUUAUGCCAAAGCCCGCUGAACCCUGCAACCUAUCCCCGACUAUAGAAUAUGCUACAGAAAGACAAAAAACUAUUAUACAUCUUUAUGUAUAUAGAGACAACACAUAGACUAUGCUACAGACUGUGGCUAGUUUUCCUUUCAUACCAUUUAAGCUUUUAAGCAGUCCAGUAGAGACAGCAUUCAACAAUAUGUCCUGUUUACGUGUGU